AUGAUUGCAACAAAAAUUUACCUUGAUGAGCUUCUCGAGGACAUUGGGCGCAAUAACGCACAGUGGAGCCACCUCCGAAAGGCACUAGCACAACUUCACAUAGUAUCCCCCUCGGAAACUCCAAAUAUAAUUUUGAGCACUAUGCUCCAGAUCCAGAGAGGGUCGAACUCUAUGCAGUACGAAGCCGCACUGAAUAAUGUGCUCGAGGUCACAUUUGCACCCAGAGGCCGGAAGGAUGAGUCAGCACCGUGUCCGUUCGAGUUUCAAGAGCGUGGGCCAGGUCUUGUUGCAGUCGUUGAUGUCCUAACGGCUGCCCUCAACGAGUUUCCUGAUUCCGUGCUGCUUCGAAAAUGGGUUCAUGAUCUGUGGCGGACCACCAUUUAUCACAAUGAGUGUGCAAAGCAAGCAGUUCCGAGUUCUACUACCAACACCGAAAAUGCCAAAGGUGACUCCGAGGCACUCGAUAUUGAUGCCGGGACUUACUAUCAGAGAAGCCGGUGGAAGGGGCAAGCAGGACACCUCAACUACAGGAUAGCACAGUUCCAACGCCUCCGGGAGGGCCUGUACAUUUUUAACUCGUGUCAAAAACCCCUCGAGGGUGGGGAUAGAGUGAUCGGUGGUCAACUUCCAACGGGAAAACGAAGUGAGCGACAGUCGACAGUGGCCGGACGACUCGGGGCAUUGCCACCAGUCAUCUGA